AUGGCGGAGGGGAGAAGGACGGGGAGGCGGGGGGGUGAGCGGACGGCGGAGGCUGAGCGCGUGUUGCGGUUGAUGGCGGGGAGGCGCGCGGAGAGGACAAUGGCGGAGGCGAGGCGGGAGGAGCGGAGACGGCCGGAGGAGAGGCGGGCGGUUGUGCGCGCGACAGCAGGCUGGGUCGCCUCACGAACGCGGGCCCCUGCGCCGCGCGCGCCCCUCCUCCGCGUAUCGGACUGCUGUUGCAACUGUGAGAGCGGCGCAGGUGAGAGCGGCGCAGGUGGGUGCGGCGCAGCGGUAUUCAGGGGGCUGGCGGAGCGGCCGAGCGGUCGCCGCGCAAGGGGGCUCUUGGCGGAGGCGGAACGUGUAUGCGCAGGGCUGACAUGUGGGGAGACGGGGGACUGCACGGAAAGAGGACUGCGCGGGCGGAGGGGCGAGGAGGGCGCGAGUGCGGGUAACGGGCUGCGGAGAGGCAUAGGGCUGCGCGGAAGAAACGGAGAGGUGGUUCCGCCAGAAAGCGCGGAUGCGUUUUUCCCGAAUAGCGGCGAGGAGUUACCGCGGCCAGCAACCGGAGAGGAGCUUCCCCCCGACAAGGCGGAAGCGCUUCCCCCCGAGAAGGGGGAGAAGCUUCCUCUCGAAAGGGGAGAGCGGCUUCUCCCCGCAAAGGGGGAAGCGCUUCUUCCGGGUAACGGGUUGGGGGGGAUUUUGUCGGCAAGCGGCGAGGCGCUGCGCGCGGACAGUGGGCUGAACGCGGCCGAUAGCGGACUCGACACGGGGCAAGGGCUGGACGCUGCUGACGUGGCAGCGGAAGAGCAGCACGGGCUGAGCUGGCGCUCGAGCGUCGAGCACGGGGAGAUGGCGGCGGGAGGCCCCGUGCAGAGGAGGAGGCGGGGGGGGAGGAACGCGCCGGGCUUCCGCCAUGCUGCUCCGCCGCCGCCGCUGCCGCCGUCCCCGCGCCAUGCUGUCGCCCCGCCGGCCUCCGCCGCGCGGCGCCAAAAGCCGUCGUCCGCGGAGAUCCCGCCGCCACAAGCUGGAGACGUGACGGACUUCUCCCACUCGUGGUUCGGUGACGAGCCUGUUCCCGAGCCUGUCCUCGAGCCUGUCCCCAAGCCUCCUGUUACCGUUCCGUGGCGCUGCUGGGGACAGCUGAGCGGACUCGAAGUGCGCAUGCUUGUUCCACGCGACUCCGCCGUCUUUCCCCUUCCGAGUUGA